AUGUCCACCGAGCUUAUCGUAUCUGAUUAUAGCGCGGUCAAGAAAUUGUUGGAUGCCAAUUUCUACAAGUGUCCUACCAAUUCCACACUGGACGAUAGUAUACUGUCGAAGCUGUGUGAUUUGAAUGUGUCAAUUAUAAAUGCAGUCAAAGUUGCUACAACAUCCAUUUUCGAUACCACAUUCGAUACACAAAAGGAUGGCUUUGAUGAGCGUUUAAUUGGGAUAAAUGAAGAUAUAAUUUUGAAGAUUUGCUACCACCUAAUCUCAGUGGGCGAUAUUGGUGGUGUGAUCAAAGUAUUUAAUGAUAAUGAACCCUUUCUGUCAAUGAUUCCAAUGGCCAAGAUGGGAAAGAUAAUUAAGUGCAUUUUGGAACGGAUGUUGCUAGUGAAAUUUGACAUAAAUUCAAUAUUAAAGGUAUUUGUUAAGUUUAAGAAUUGGUGUGAUCAACAGAAGCGUACGUUCCUGGGUUAUCGUAUUGAAAUUAAGAUUAUAAUUUUAUUAGUUUUUAAGAAGGAAUUUGCUCUGGCUCUCAAAAGAAUUUCAUCACUGAUCACUUCUCUCAAACUACUGGAAGAUAAACAAUUCCUGCUGGACGCAUAUAUUUUACAGAGUAAAAUAUAUUUAUUUAUCUCCAAUUAUGCACUCAUGAAGAUGUCACUAAGUAAUGCUAAAAAUGUUUCAAUUAAUCUAAAUACACCUUCCUACGUUAAUGGUGAGUUAGACUUGCUAAGUGGUUUGAUUUCAUUACAUGAAAAGGAUUAUAAAACUGCUUAUUCCUACUUCUACGAAGCAUAUGAAUCAUUUCAUUCGUCUCUUACUGGGCCGAACAACAAGAUUUACCCGUAUAUAAAGGUACCAAAUUCACAUUCGGGGGAGUUUGACUUGGAUGACGAACUUUCUUACACGUUGGUGCAAACUUUUCCCACAAUAUCCGAGUUUUCUCCUGUAUUUUUUACCUUUUAUUCAUUAGAACAUGCCCCCCUAAGUACAUGUGGUGAUAACAUGGUUAUGGAUGGUGAAGUACGCAUCAAUUUUGAAAAUGAGCAAUUAUUGGACACUGAUUGCGACAUUGAGAUGGACUGUACGCUGAAAUGUGAAAUAAAUGAUGUUGAAAACUCAAAUUUUCCCCCUCUUCCACAAAGGAAACUUAUACAGAGUCUGAAAUAUAUGUUGUUGGCGACUAUACUAACAAACAAAUCACAAAUGAUGGGCUCUAUACUAUUUGCUAAAAAUAAAAUCUCCUACGUAUAUAACCCAGAAAUUAUGAUGUUGAAGAAUAUUUCUGGGUUAUAUACAAAUAAUUCGCUUGCAGAAUUCGAAGAAAUUUUGAAAACUAACGAAAAAAUAAUAUCAGCAGACCCUGUACUAAACCAGGGACUGUGUGAGAUGUACGAUAAUUUGAUGGAGGAGAGUUUGUUGAAGAUAAUCAAACCAUUUAGUAAAGUUGAUAUUGGAUACAUUUCUGACAGGUUAGGUAUUUCGAAACAAGUUUUGAUUAGAAAGGUGUCCGAAAUGAUUAUCGACGGCAAACUAUGUGCCAUGUUUGACUUGAGGAAGGAGGAGGGAAUUUUAACAAUUUAUGAGCCACAAGUCCUCCGUCCAAUGCAUAAGGGCAUCACUUCAACGAUUUCCAAUUUAUCAGCAGUGGUAGAUGCUUUAUGUGAUAUUGUUCAUAAAAAUGUAUAA